AUGCAACUUCUCAAGUUCCUUCUUCCCCUCGCCUUGAGCGCACCUUUCUCAGCGGCGCAACCACUCGAUGAGAGAGCCAUCUCCUCGAGUUGGGCUGGGGUCAACUCGUAUUUCCUUCAUGCCUACCAAAAGGCUGAUCGCUUAGCUGUACUUGACGCGGUCAAAGAUGCGAAGCUCAAGACGCUGCGUAUCUUCAUCUCGCCUACGCCUCAGAACAACAAGGACACUGGCUCAGUCAACAUGCCCGACAUCGAGCCACAGCAGGUCGGCACCUACGACGACACUCAGCUGAAGGCUAUUGAUCAGCUGAUGGUCGAGGCGCAUGACCGAGGUAUCAAGCUUAUCAUCGCUAUGCAUGACCGCUAUCAACUGGGUUGCUGGGGUAAUG